AUGUCCAAAGCCGUAGAUGCCGCCAAAUCCGCCUCCAACAAAACCACCUCCGCCCUCUCCAAACCGGCCUCCGAAACCUCCCCCGUCGCCGCGUCCAUCCUCCAGCAACCCUACACCCGCGCCGCCCUCCCCUUCGCAAACGGCGGCCUAGCCGGCAUGACGGCCACCACCUGCAUCCAACCCAUCGACAUGAUCAAAGUACGGCUGCAAUUAGCCGGCGAAGGGAUAAAAACGGGUCCUCGUGCGACACCGCUGUCCGUGACGAAGGACAUCAUAGCCCAAGGCAGGGUGAUGGAUCUAUACACGGGCCUGAGCGCCGGACUGUUGCGGCAAGCGGUGUACACGACCGCGAGGCUCGGGUUCUUCGACACGUUCAUGACGGCGCUGAAGGCGAGGGCGGAGACCAAGGGGCAGGGCAUCGGCUUCAAGGAGAGAGCGGGCGCGGGGCUGACGGCGGGCGGGUUGGCGGCCAUGGUGGGGAAUCCGGCGGACCUGGCUCUCAUACGGAUGCAGAGUGACGGGCUCAAACCGAAGGAGAUGCGGGCGAAUUACAAAAGCGUCGUAGACGCCCUGACGCGGAUAACAAAGACCGAGGGCGUAUAUGCACUCUGGGCGGGUGCGAGCCCGACGGUAGUGAGGGCUAUGGCGUUGAAUUUUGGGCAAUUGGCGUUCUUCUCCGAGGCAAAGACGCAGUUGAAGGCGAAGACGCAAUUGUCGAUGCAGACGCAGACACUGACGGCGAGUGCGAUUGCGGGAUUCUUUGCUAGCUUUUUCUCACUGCCGUUUGAUUUUGUGAAGACGAGGUUGCAGAAGCAGCAAAAAGGGAAGGACGGGAAGGUACCGUAUAGUGGGAUGGCGGAUUGUUUUCGGAAGGUGGCGAAGGAGGAAGGACUGUUGAGGUUUUAUAGGGGGUUUGGGACGUAUUAUGUUAGGAUUGCGCCGCAUGCGUGA